AUGUGCUUUUACAACCAAAAGAGAUUUGCCUGCGGGGACUGGAGCUGGACCAGCUUUGCUCACCGAUGCAACUAUGAAUACCGCACCGGCGAAACAUGCGGAAUGAGACUCGUCAACAUGACGGAAGACGAGAGGAGCAACUGCCGGCUCUGUGACAAAAUCGAAACUAAAUUCCGUCGGCGAAGCGCCGAAGUCGACCGGUUGGACCGGUGGAGACGAGAAGGGGCCACCCUGGUGGCAUCAAUGGAUCGGUCUCACAAGCUCAUUAUGGAUCUUGAGAAGGAGAUCCGGUCUCUGCAACGGGAGCGGGAUGACCGUAGGGGUACACUCCUGCGAUAG